AGUCUAUUUCGGUUGUGUAAAAUAUUCUUAGAAAUAUUUGUUUGAAAAAUGUUUAUCUUGACAUUUUGUUUGUUCAUUUUUACCAAAUCUGUUUAUUCUGGUGUUGCACCAAAAUUGACCAGAUUUAAUCCAGAAAUCAUUCAACCUAUAGAUUCAUCUUUGGUUUUGAAUUGUGCAGCAUAUCUGGGUAGUCAUCCAUUAAGAUUUCAAUGGUUCAAAAAUGGUUUAAUCAUUGAUAAUCAAUCGAAUCGAUAUCAAAUCGAUACGAAAUCUGAUUUUUCUUUUCUUCGAAUUUCCGAUAUACAACUAAAUGACUCGGGAAAUUAUUCUUGUUCCGUUAUCAAUGAAAAUGGUUUGGAUCAACAAUGGUCAUCGCUUCAAGUUCAAGGUUUGAUGAUUAAUGAAUCGCCUGUUCUUGUUAAACUCUAUUCACAAAAUAAUCAUGAACAAACAAAAGGAUCAGAUCUUGUUUUAACAUGCAACGUUGCUAAAGGCAGUAAACCUUUUCGAUUUCAAUGGUUCCUGAAUGGUGUUGAAAUAACCGGUAGUUCACGAUCAUCGAUUGAAACUAAAGAUAUUUUUUCCCUGUAUACAUUAAGAAAUAUCGAUUCGAAUGAUAUGGGAAAUUAUUCCUGUGUUGUUAGUAAUAAAUUUGGUUUCGAUAAACUUUGGAUACAAUUAACUGUUACAGGUUUGCAAAAAUUUUAUAUUUUUUCUAAACCUAUUUUGAAUGAAUUUCCCAUAUCGGAAAUUCGACUUUCAAUAAACGCAUCAUAUAUAUUAUCAUGUACAAUUUCAUCUGGAUCUACACCAAUAUUUUUUGAAUGGUUUAAAGAUGAUCACAAGAAAUUAUCAUCAUCUGAAUAUAAAAUUGAUAACUAUGCUACAAUGUCAUCACUUGUAUUCGAAAGUUUAAAUCGAAAUGAUACCGGUAGCUAUACCUGUAAUACUAAAAAUGUUUAUGGUUCGGAUUCAAUUACAACCAAACUUAUUAUACAAGGUUUGAUUUAA